AUGCCUCCCCAGCUCCUCCUACACAGCCUCCUCCAGCUCCGGGUGCCCCCUCGCCACCCCCUCCUCCGCCUCCUCCACUCCUACAACCCCAUUGACCGCCCGCCGCCGCAGGACCCGCCCCUGCACGACGCCGAGCUUUGGAUCGCCAAGGCGCUCGCGACUGCCGCCUUACUCCUGCCACACUACCUCCCGGCAUUCCGCCGCCUCGCGCCCUCCCAGGUCGCCGCCGCCGCCGCGCUCCGCCACGCGCCUUGCGCCUCCUCGACGCUCCACCUCUUCUCUGCGCUGCAUUCCCCCCACUCCCAGCUCGCCAUCCCCCCGUCCGCUCAUUCCUACCGUUACGUCAUCUCGUUGAUGUGCCAGUCCGGCCGCCACACUGAUGCCCUCCAACUGUUCGACCAAAUGACGGACCAGUCUGGUUACUUUCCCAAUGCUCGUUUUCUCUCGUUCCUGUCCGGUUCCUGCGCCACCGCAGGCCUUCUUGAUGCCGCUGCAGCAUUGCUCUCAAAGGCAUCCCAAUUUGGUUGUUCCAUUGAAGCGUAUGCAUAUAACAAGCUCAUGGGCUUGUUCAUUGGCCGUGGCCGGGUGCAGGAGGCUGUGGCAUUGUUUGAGGGGUGGAUCCAGGGGAGAGUAUAUUCUCCGGACGCGUGGAGCUUCAAUGUCAUCAUCAAGGGGGUUUGCAAGGUGGGGGAUGUUCAAAAAGCGCUCGAGUUGGUCGAAAGGAUGGAUGAGUUUGGUUGCUCACCAGAUACUGUCACACAUAAUAUUCUUGUGAAUGGGCUAUGCAGGGCAAAGGAGGUGAGUAAGGGUCGUGAGGUGUUGAGGAGGCUUCAGAGAGAUGGUGUUUGCAAGCCCAAUGUAGUGACAUACACCUCAGUAAUCUCAGGUUACUGUAAGGCUGGCAGGAUGGGGGAUGCAAUGGCAGUAUACGAUGACAUGGUUGCGUGUGGGACAUCACCCAAUGUGGUCACAUACAAUGUGCUAAUCAAUGGAUAUGGCAAGGCUGGGAAUAUGGGGUAUGCGGUGGCAGUGUAUCAGCAAAUGAUACUUCGUCGCUGCCUUCCUGAUGUUGUGACAUUUAGCUCAUUGAUUGAUGGAUAUUGUCGGUGCGGACAGCUUGAUGAUGCAAUGAAGAUUUGGACUGAGAUGUCUCAGUAUCAUAUUCAACCAAAUGCACACACGUUCUGUAUCAUAAUACACACAUUUUGUAAGCAGAACAGAUCAGGGGAAGCACUUCAUUUUUUGAAAAAAAUGAACAUGAGAACAGACAUUGCACCACAAGCGUUUAUAUAUAACCCUGUGAUUGAUGUACUGUGCAAGGGUGGAAAGGUGGACGAAGCAAACAUGAUUCUAAUGGAGAUGGAAGAGAAAGGAUGUCAUCCCGACAAGUAUACAUAUACUAUUUUGAUAAUUGGGCACUGCAUGAAGGGUAGGAUAGCAAAAGCCAUCACAUUUUUCCAUAAAAUGGUAGAGACUGGGUGUACCCCUGACAGUAUAGUAGUCAAUUCUUUUAUUAGCUGCCUUUUAAAGUCUGGGAUGCCUGGUGAGGUGGAUCAUAUAAUGCGUAUUGCAGCAGGGGGUGCUUCAUCGAGUUGGAAAGAUCCUUCUCCUAUUCAUUUUAUUAACAUCUGGUGGAUUCUCCAUGGAUGUUGUCAAGAACUGCCAUCACCCCAAUGA